CUUUCGCCCAAGUGGUUGACCAGGGCCUCAAGGGAGAAAAACAGUGGGAGGAAAGGAAGAAGAGAAACGCCGAGGAGGCGAAGAGAAGGAAAUGGGAAAGCCAUGACACCCAAGGUUCUAGCAAAAGGGGAACCACGGGGGAGGAGAAUCAUUUAUGACAUCCGCAACACCAUCUCGAGGAAACUCAAGCAUGGGAGGACAACACUCGGGGUCAUACGCCUCGACGAUGCCAAGGUGUCGCAACUGCAAGAAGAACCACACGGGCACGUGUCGCGAUCCCCCUAAAUGCUAUCAAUGUGGGGAGGCAGGACACAUGAAAAUGGAUUGCCCUCAAAUUGGUAAAAACCGGGGAUCGAGACUGAGUGGUGCAACCACGGCUAGUAGGAACCGGGAUAGGGCACCUCAUGCAAGCAUAGGACAUGGUGGAGCUAGCACAAGCAACGCACCAUCGAUGAACCAAGGAAGGACCCAGGCUAGGGUCUACGCAAUGACGGAGGCGGAUGCUCAAGCUAACCCGGAUUCCGUUGCAGUUUCAGGUAGAACUUGAAGGGUGCUACCAUUGCCCGUUGCUCGGGAGAUCCAAGGAGAGGAGACGUGGUUCGUGUUUCCUCCAUAUCCGUUUUAAAAACAAUUAUAUUUAAUGCUCAUGGAUACUAUUUUCUGAAUAAUUAUUUGGGGGCUUGUAUGCCCGUGUUUGCCACGUGUGGCUCGGAUAUUUAUAUUAAUGUUUCCGCUGCUUGAAUUAAAUGUUUUACAUUAUGAUUGUUUACGGAUGUACUAUUGUGAUUGAUAUUCAAGACGCCUAGUAUAGUAUGGAUGAGUUGGACUGCGGUUGACUAUUCGUACUGUACGGCGGGUUGUUGACGUGUCCGGUAGGUCCGGGGCGUGACAAUUUAGCAAAGAGUAGACAUGAUGUACAAUUAAGCUAAACCGCCGCGGCACAUUUGUGCUUUGACGUAUACUUGAAGUACGUGGAGGACUAAAGCUAAUUUUUCAAUAGCCUCCAAG